CAAACUGCUGAGGUGUGAGCACCUAACAGUCUAUGCCUAAAACACACCUCAAAUGACCUUAGAUAGAUAGAGAGAUAGAGAGAGAGUGACCUGAAAAACCUACAGCACACAAGAACCUGCUAAAAGCUUUAAAGAUGAGUUCCAGAUUGUCAGGUGAACCAGAGAAAGACGAGGAGGAAGACGAGGAGGAGGAAGAAGAAGAAGAAGAGAGCGUCAACCCGACGGAGGUGAAAAUGAGUCAGAUAGUGAUGCCCUGUCACAGCAACCAUCGACAGGAGCUGAGCGUGGGAGAACUGCUCAAAUGGAUGGAUUGCAGUGCCUGCCUCUCUGCUGAGAGGCAUGCUGGGUGUCCUUGCGUCACUGCCUCCAUAGAUGACAUCCACUUUGAACAUACCAUCAGCGUGGGUCAGGUGGUGAACAUCAAAGCAAAGGUCAACAGAGCCUUCAACACCAGCAUGGAGGUGGGCAUAGAGGUGAGCUGUGAGGACCUGUUCUCUGAUCGUCACUGGAGGAUUUGUCACGCCUAUGCCACCUUUGUUACCCAGCGCACAAACACAGGAAAAAAGGUGAUCUUGAAGCCCAUUGUACCCCACACUGAGAAAGAGCAGGUUGAAUACAGCGUGGCGGCUGAGAGACGGAGAGUCAGGAUGGUACAUGAUGACAUCAUCAAAGAUCUGCUCUCCCAUGGGUCUAACCUGCAGGCUGACAACUCAGCAGUAGACAAUGCGGUGGCAGCAGAGAAGACCAAGGUGGAGAGUGUUGAACUGGUUCUACCACCACAUGCUAACCAUCAGGUGAAUACAUUUGGAGGGCAGAUCAUGGCCUGGAUGGUGAAUGUAGCUACAAUUUCUGCCAGUCGUCUGUGUCAGGCUCACCCGACCCUGCGGACCAUCGACAUGUUCACCUUCAGAGGACCGUCUCAGGUUGGAGACAGACUGCUGCUGAGGGCUAUAGUCAACAACGCCUUCAAAAACAGCAUUGAGGUGGGCGUGCGAGCAGAAGCCCACCAGGAGGAAGGGCCUAACCGACACAUAAACUCUGCCUUCAUGAUCUUCGAGGUCCUCGACGACCACAGGAAGCCAUGCAUGUUACCACGGAUACGCCCCGAACCUCUGGAAGGAGGGAGGAGGUUUCAAGAGGCCAUAGCUAGGAAAAAGAUCAGAUUGGACAGAAAGUACAUCAUUUCACGCAAGCAGGGCGAGGUCCCUCUAUCUGUACCGUGGAACCCCAGAAACCAGGUGUAUCUGAGCUAUAACAAUGUUUCAGCUCUGAAGAUGUUGGCUGCUAGAAACAACUGGCGCCUCAGCUCUGAGAAAGACAAGGUCCGUCUCUACACCCUGGAGCAGAAGUCCAUGUUGAGCAUCAGGGUGGAAUCCGAAGUGGAUGUUCCUGCUCACAGAGCGUUCUGUCUGCUGGCUGAGAUGAGCAACAGGCCGAGCUGGGACACACAUUAUCAGAAAUGUGAGCUCAUUCACCAGGUGGACGAAGAUGACUUCCUGUAUCGAGUGGUGACCCCAUCAGUGCAUCGCGGCCGGGUCGGUUCCCCGACUUCAGGCCAUCAGGGAGAAGGGAUUCUCCAGGACUUCAUCUUGUUGGCAUGCAAGAGGAAGCCGUGUGGCAGCGGAGAUCCAUACGUCAUCGCACUGCGCUCAGUGUCCCUGCCCACUCACCCUCCCACUGAAGGGUAUAACAGAGGAGAGGUCCUGUGUGCUGGAUUCACCAUACUGGAGACCAAAAACAACAUGUCACUGAUCAGUUACUACAACCAGGCAUCUCCAGAGGUCCUUCCCUACAUCUCCACCGAUAUUGCCGGCCUCUCCUCCUCUUUCUACCACAUCUUCUGCUCCUGCAGCCAAUACCUGACCAGGAACAGACUGCAGUCCGCCUCCGAGGUGCAAACCGGCCAAUACCAGGCCACGAAUACAGACGGUCCCACCUGUCAGACUGAAGCUGACAGUCUGUCAGUGGCUCUCCACAGCACCCCCCUGUAGACGGCCAGUGGUACCUUCCAGGCCAGUUUACAUAGCAAAGUGUUGAGUGAGCUCAAGCUUACAUGGUACUAUUAACACUGCCACAGUGAACAAAAGGUGAUAUUUACAUAAAAAAAAAAAAUUUAAACUAAGGUAUUCAAAUAGAGAAUCUAAAGAUCACAAUAACUAACUAUGCCUCAGACACUUAAUGCUCACUCUAAUGUUCAACCAGAGUCUGAUGUCAACCAGACCUGAUUUCAAAAUAAAGGCUCAUUUAUCAUUCAUUGUUUUUGACACAAAUUCAUUUUAAUCUGUGUCACCGAUGGUCAGAAUUUGUUUUGUUUUGUUUGCAAAUCUAUGGUAAAUGGUCCUUAAAGUACAAACACUAAGGCAUUAAGUGGUAAGAGAUUUGUCUCCAUUCGCUGACUGCAAUUCACACAAGGUAACAUCUGACUUUUG